CUCACCAUGGCUGCAAUGCGAGCGCUGAUGUACGAAUUCAUGUCGACAGUCGACACGAAGAUCCAGGGAGUUGUCGCUCCCAUCACCGCGAACAUGAACACGAACAACGCGGAGCUCGUCAGGCAGAUCAACCUCGCCCGUGCCGGGUUGAAGGAGCUCGACACCAGGACCAAGGCGCUCGAGUCCAGCGACAAUAGUGAAGCCAACUUUCCCAUCGCCGUCAACGCGGAGGGCAUCUUCCAGACGCCUGACCAGGCCAUGGAGUUCCGCCUGCAGGUCGGUGCCACCACCAUGCAAUGGGUCGACUGGCGGAACCAGAAGCAGUACCCGCUCCGCGCUAGGGGCGACUUUCCUGAGGACGUACGUGACAAGCAGCGUGCAUUCUCGAAGCUCUUCAUCCCAAUUCGCGACCUGUGCCAGAAGAGUUCGAAUUGGUCUCCCAACUGUCGGGUCGGAGUCAAUGGUUUCAAGGGCAGCCUCUUCGUGACCAACGGCGACGACAUCUGGGCGCUCGUGACGAUCAACCAGAUUUCGAUCGACAAGUUCAACUUUGUCCCUGUCGGCGACGAGCUCUCCGACUGGGGUAUCACCGUGCCGCAG